ACUACCCGACAGAAGCGGGGAAGCGCAGUGAAGAGCUGGUUCUAAAGGCUCCUACACACCAGGGCAACAGGCUGUGUUAGAGCAGUUUGGUGCACUGAGCCGAGGCUGUGUGUCGUCUGUGUGUCUUGGUGUUGCUAAUCUGUGUUUUAGCGGGGCUGUGCUGCCCAAAACAGAUUAAGGUGGUCAAGUUCCUACACUUAUUUGGACAGAAUGGAUCGCUGGACAUGUCCAAAUGACCGUCAGCUAGCCUUGCGUGCCAAACUUGGUACUGGCUGGUCUGUUCACACCAAUCGACUUGGCAUGUUCAACAAGGGAGAUAACCUUAGCAUUGAUGAACAAGAACAUAUCAUGAACGUGAUAUGUAAGGCCGACUUCCUGGAGCGUAAUGAACAAGAGCGUAUUGGGCGCCUGGUGGAGAAGUUAGAUAAUAUGAAGAAAAAUGCCAUAGGUAAUGGCACUACACAGUGUAUUCUUUGUGGUGAUGAGUUUGGACUCCUUGGGGCCUCCCCUACAUUUUGCGAUGACUGCAAAAAUGCUGUGUGCACCAAGUGUGGAAUUGACACUUAUAAUUGUCACAAGCUACCACUCUGGCUGUGUAAGAUCUGCAGUGAAAACAGAGAGGUUUGGAAAAGAUCUGGAGCCUGGUUCUUUAAAGGUCUUCCAAAGUAUACAAUACCUGAAAAGAAGACAAUGGAGGCUACAAAGGUCACCACAAGUAAAGGUCGUUCAGAAUCCCGAGGUGUUCAUAGGGGGCAGCCUGGUUCUACACGUAAUUAUAACACAUGGAGCAGAGGACGAGGGAGCCAUGCCUAUGGUGAAAGUAGUGAACAGGAUUCUGAAAGUAGCUCCGAAGAUGAGAUUAGUAUUGGCAAGCGCAAGAUUGGUCGCAACAGGGGGGAUUCAGCAGAAAGUGAUAAUAUCAGCAUCACUAGUUCAGCCAGUGGUCAGUAUUAUAGUGGACAUAAUCCAAAGGAGAUGCGUGGCAGUGUGACCAGUAGUAAUUAUCAUGGUGGCCAGCUUAGUGCCACUGAGAGUAGCCGUGGUGACGACCUUCAUGAGGAUACAGACAGUGAAAGUGUUGGAGAGUUCAGUAGACAGGGAUCAACACAGUCACAUGACCUCCCCCUGAUACAGGCGACAAGGGGACGACAAGAUGAAGAUCACAGCAUUGAUAACGCCUUUUCCAAGUAUGCACAUGAUGAGCACCAGGAGGAUUUUUAUGCGGGCUCACCCUCCUCUCCAGAGAGUGAUGGAGUAUCUCUCGGAGCUCUGGAAUUCUCACUGUUGUAUGACUCUGCAGCCAAUGCUCUUCAUUGCACUAUUGUCCGAGCAAGGGGGCUCAAAGCGAUGGAUUCCAAUGGUUUGUCAGAUCCCUAUGUCAAACUUCAUACACUUCCUGGCGCAAGUAAGUCAAACAAACUAAGAACCAAAACAAUCCAUAAGACACUGAACCCGGAGUGGAACGAGACUCUUACCUACUACGGCAUCACUGAAGAUGAUAUGCUGAAAAAAACUUUGAGACUUGCAGUGUUGGAUGAGGAUGCUUUUGGUUAUGACUUUAUUGGGGAGACACGGGUACCUCUGAAGAGACUACGAGCUGGCCAGACCAAACAUUUCAAUGUGUACUUAGAGAAGCAGCUUCCGCUGGAGAAGGAUGAUGAUCUGAUGUCUAAUGACCGAGGCAAAAUUCUUGUGUCCCUACGCUACAUCUCUGUCAAACAGGCUCUUGCCGUCGGUGUAGUGCGAUGUGUUGAACUGGCAGCCAUGGACAGCAAUGGUUACUCUGAUCCAUAUGUUAAACUAUAUUUGAAACCUGAUCGAGACAAGAAGUCAAAGUUCAAAACGGUAGUGAAGAAGCGUACACUGAACCCAGAAUACAACGAGGAUUUCCUGUACGAGAUAAAACUACCAGAGCUGGCAAAGAAGACACUGGAGAUUACAGUGUGGGAUAAAGACAUCGGCAAGGCCAAUGACUUCAUAGGUGGUGUUCAGUUAGGAAUCAACUCAAAAGGGGAAAGGCUCAAACACUGGUUUGACACACUAAAGAAUCCAGACCAGAAAUUUGAACGAUGGCAGAUGUUGUCAGCAGAACUUAUUCCAGAGGUUCAAUUAACAUCUUGAUAUCUUUGUGAUCCUGCAUGUAUCGAUGUUGUCAGUUUUGUGAUUAUAGAUUGUCUUUUGCAAUGAACUACGUUAAGGAUUCAGCGUCAUUCAUUGACAACUGACAAGAACCAUCCUGACGGCUGUUAUGCCUGAGUGUGUAUUCCAUCUUGAGAAGACCAGGAUGUGCCGUGUGGUGUGUCACGUACCAGAAGUAAUAUGUCACUGCCAUAUAUAUUUUAACCUCUGACCUUUCAUAAGGAAAAACUGUAAGAAAUCAGAUGUACCUUUUGGUGUACCACAGUUAGGCAGUACAUUGUGGACAAAGGUUAGGCAGUACAUUGUGGACCACAGUUAAGCGGUACGUUGUGGACCACAGUUUAGCGGUACGUUGUGGACCACAGUUAGGCAAUACAUUGUGGACGACAGUUUUACAGUAUGUUAUGGACCACAGUUAGGUAGUACAUUGUGGACCACAGUUAGGCAGUAUGUUAUGGACCACAGUUAGGUAGUACAUUGUGGACCACAGUUAGGCAGUACAUUGUGGACCACAGUUAGGCAAUACAUUGUGGACAAAAGUUAGGCAGUACAUUGUGGACCUCAGUUAGGCAGUAUGAUGUGGACCACAGUUAGGCGGUACAUUGUGGACCACAGUUAGGCAAUACAUUGUGGACAAAGGUUAGGCAGUACAUUGUGGACCACAGUUAGGCAAUACAUUGUGGACAAAAGUUAGGCAGUACAUUGUGGACCACAGUUAGGCCGUAUGAUGUGGACCACAGUUAGGCGGUACAUUGUGGUCCACAGUUUAGCAGUAUGUUGUGGACCACAGUUAGGCAAUACAUUGUGGACCACAGUUAGGCAAUACAUUGUGGACAAAAGUUAGGCAGUACAUUGUGGACCAAAGUUAGGCAAUA